AUGAGACUCAAUCAACAUACGAAGCUAGUCGGCCACAGGGCAGUUCUUGUGCCUUACUGUAUACACCACGUUCCAAAUGCUCACUUUGCUUAUAGGUACCACGAAUGGAUGAAAUCUCCAGAACUGCUCGAGUUGACAGCAUCUGAACAGCUUUCAUUAGAAGAAGAAUAUCAGAUGCAGCAAACCUGGCUGAAAGACGACAAUAAAUGCACAUUCAUUGUCUUAGAUGCCGAAAAAUUGAAUACCUCAACUGAAACAGGUAAUCGGAAAAAUGCUAUGGUGGGUGAUGUCAAUUUAUUCCUCAACGAUCCAGAUGAUGUGAGCGUAGGAGAAAUUGAAAUAAUGACAGCAGAAUCUUCUAGUAGACGCAAAGGCAUUGCAUCGGAAGCACUGACUGCCAUGAUGAGAUAUGCAAAUGAGAAACUUGCUGUCACAAAGUUUGUAGCCAAAGUUGGACAAAACAAUGCUGCCAGUCGGUCAUUCUUUCAAAAGCUCGAAUUCAAACAGGUCUCAUUGAAUGCAGUAUUUCACGAAGUAGUACUAGAAAGGCUGAUUACCGGUGAGGAGAGACAAAAACUACUAGACAGUACAAGUCAUGUUGUGAUCGACCACUACGAUAGAAGUAGCUAAACCUCAAUAGACAGCAACAGCAAUCUCGGUUCUUGU